AUGAAAUCUGCCUUCGUGAAAACGCCGCUCUUGGCACACUAUUUCGCAGCUUCAUCGAACAGACUUCCCAACCAACCACAGUUUAUGCUGAAAUGCGAGUUUUUGCAACCAAGCGGUAGCUUCAAAAGCCGAGGUAUUGGCUAUAUGAUAACGAAGCAGGCCAUAAAGAUACGGUCAGAAGGUAAUAAAUUGCCACACGUUUUUGCAAGUUCUGGAGGCAAUGCUGGGCUAGCAGCAGCUACAACUUCUAGAGCCUUGUCUAUCCCAUGCAGUGUUGUGGUUCCUGAAAGCACGUCUAACCGAAUGGUACAAAAGAUUUGGAAUUUAGGUGCUGAGGUUCACGUGUAUGGAAGAAAUUGGAAAGAAGCUGACAAGUUUCUCAAGGAGAGCAUAAUUUCUGGUCAUAAUCCAUCGAGAACGCAGGUCAUAUACGCGCACCCUUUUGACCACCCACUAAUCUGGGAGGGGCAUUCAUCAAUAGUUGACGAAAUCAUUGAUUCGCUCAAAGAACAGAAAAUAGACCUAAAAAACAUCAAAGCAAUUGUUUGUAGCGUUGGUGGUGGUGGUCUAUAUAAUGGGAUCAUCGAGGGACUUUCACGACACAAGCUGGUUCAUAAAAUUCCAAUAAUCGGAGUUGAAUCGAAAGGUUGCGAAGUCUUUAACAGCUCUUUGAAGCUUGGAAAAUUAACGGAAUUUGAAGAUAUUACUUCCAUUGCAACUUCAAUUGGGACAAAUUCAAUUUCGAAGAAAACUUUAGAAAACGCUCUUCGCUACCAUACUAAGUCUGUUGUCUUGACAGACCAAGAGAUCAUAUCAACCUGCCUAAGAUUUGCGGACGAAACAAAUAUCAUUCCUGAACCUGCAUGCGGUGCAGCGCUUCACCUUGGUUAUUAUCCUGACAUCUUGUACCAGGCUUUGAAUUCGGACUUCACUCCAGAAGACGUGAUAAUUAUGAUUGGAUGCGGAGGCUCAGCAACUUCAUAUAACGAUCUAGCGUCGCUUUUCUCCAAAAAGAUUUUGCAGUAA